GGUCAUGGAGCCGGCCGGGGGAUUCCUGACGUCGUCACCCCGCGACGGGAAGGGAGAGAUCCGGCCGUCGCCACGGCAACCGGGACCGGCAUGGCGGACAGGGCCAGUGUGGCACUGCUGCGGGAGGAUGGGAAUGCACAUUUUAAAGCGGGUGACUAUGACGCAGCCCUGUCCUGUUAUACACAAGCGAUUGAGCUUUCCCCAGAGCUGACCGAGCUCACAGUCCUGCGGCGCAACAGAGCGGCCUGCUACCUCAAGCUGGAGGAAUACUCCAAGGCAGAGGCUGAUGCUUCAAAAGCCAUUGAGGCGGAUGGCAAGGACGUGAAGGCUCUGUUCCGCAGGAGUCAGGCCCUGCAGGAGCUGGGAAGACUGGAUCAGGCCUUCGCUGAUACCCAGAGGUGCGCUGUCCUGGAACCCAAGAACAAAGUCUUCCAGGAAUCACUGCGGCAAAUUGCAGCAAGUAUCCAGGAGCAGGUCCUAAAGCAGUCCUCCACUGAUUCUCGAGUGGAACAAAUGUUUGAAAUCCUUCUGGAUCCUGAGGAGAAAGAUGCUGACAAAAAACAAAAGGCUGCCCAGAAUCUGAUCGUUCUUGCUCGCGAGGAUGCCGGGGCGGAGAGGAUAUUCCGCAGCGACGGGGCACGUCUCCUUCAGAAAAUGCUGGAGACGGGGAAUGUGGACAUGAUCCUGGCGUCACUGCGCACGCUGGUGGGACUGUGCUCAGGCCACCAAUCUCGGGCAUCAAUGAUUGUACAUGCGGUGGGAAUCGACAGGCUCUGCUCCAUGAUGGGCCACGACCACGAGCAGGUUUCCCUGGCAACGUGCAAUGUCCUGCAGGCUAUUUUUGAUUCAUUGAAAGGUGGGAUAAAGAGUGUCGUUCGGGGGAAAGAGGAAGCGGUGGUCCUUGAUUCCAUAAAGGAGCUGAAGAUGAUUGUGUGCCAGCUCAUAGAGAUGUUGAUACAACACGCAGUUUCUGCACACGGGCGAGAAAAUUCCAUAAACCUCCUGAUCAAAAACGUCCCACGUAAAUCCUUACGGGACCCAAACAACUCCAUGACGAUCUGGGUCAUUGAUCAAGGGAUGAAGAAGGUUCUGGAAGUGGCGGGGACAGUGUCUGAGAUUCCCGACAGCCUUCCAGUCACGGACAGCGGUCGGAUGAGCGUGUCGGUUUUGCUGAACAAACUCUACGACGAUCUCAAGUGCGACGCAGAGCGAGAAGCCUUCCACAAGCUCUGUGAGGACCACGUCAGGGGCCACUUUGAGUCUCCGGGAAUGGACGGCAAGCUGCGGGCUAUCCAGACGGUCUCCACCCUGCUGCAGGGCCCCUCGGAGGUCGGGAACCGGGUGCUGGAGAUGAGCGGCGUGCUGGAGUGCAUGAUCGCCCUGUGCAGCUCGGAGAGGGAGGUGGACCAGCUGGUCGCCGUGGAGGCGCUGAUCCACGCCGCGGGCAAAUCCAAGCGGGCGUCCUUCAUCACUGCCAACGGGGUGACCCUACUGAAGGACAUCUACAAGAAGAACGAGAGUGACCACAUCAAGAUCCGAGCGCUGGUGGGUCUAUGCAAGGUGGGCUCGGCAGGGGGCACGGACUGCAGCAUGAAGCAGUUUGCCGAAGGCUCAACCUGCAAGCUGGCCAAGCAGUGCCGCAGGUGGCUGUGCAAUGACUCGAAUCAGUCCAGCACACGGCGCUGGGCCACGGAGGGCCUGGCCUACCUGACCUUCGACGCUGAUGUCAAGGAGGACUUUGUGGCUGAUCAGCCUGCAAUGCAAGCCAUGUUUGAGCUGGCAAAGUCGGAAGAUAAAACCGCCCUCUUUGCAGUGGCCUCCACCCUUGUCAACUGCACCAACAGCUACGACAAGGAAACUCCCGAUCCACAGAUGCUGGAACUAGCCAAGUACGCCAAGCAGCAUGUCCCGGAGGAGCACCACAAGGAUAAACGCAAGUAUGUGGGGAAACGGAUUGGGAAGCUGCUGAAGACGGGCGUGGUUUCCGCACUGGUGUGCAUGGCAAAGAGAGACAGCCCAGCUCUGACCGAUUCAUGCAAGGAGAUGAUUGCUCGGGUGUUCCUGGCUCUGGUGGAGGCCCCAGAGGACCGUGGAGUUGUGGUAGCUCAGGGAGGAGGGAAGGCAUUGCUCCCUCUGGCAUCAGAGGGCACUGAGGUUGGAAAGACCAAGGCUGCCCAGGCACUGGCAAAGAUCACAAUCACUUCAAAUCCAGAGAUUGCUUUUCCUGGAGAAAGAGUUUACGAGGUUAUCCGACCCCUCGUUAGCCUCUUGCACCUUGAGUGUACGGGGCUGCAGAACUUUGAGUCGCUGAUGGCGUUGACCAACUUGGCUGGAAUCAGUGAGAGGUUGAGGCAGAAGAUAAUUAUGGAAAAAGCAGUACCAAUGAUUGAGAGCUACAUGUUUGAAGACCACGAGAUGAUACGACUGGCAGCGACAGAGUGCAUGUGUAACAUGGUCCUGAGUGAAAAGGUGCAGGAGAUGUUCCUGGCCGAGGGCUCGGAUCGGCUGAAGCUCCUGGUGCUGUACAGUGGCGAGGAGGAGGAGAAGCUGAGGUGUGCCGCCGCGGGCGCUGUGGCCUUCCUGACCUCGCUGCAGCCAAAACUCUGCACCAAGCUGACACAGGUGACCAGCCACUGGCUGGAGAUCCUGCAGGCGCUGGUGCUGAGCCCCAACGUGGACCUGCAGCAUCGCGGCGCCGCCAUCACCCUCAACCUGAUGAACGCCGACCGGGAGCUCGCCGCGCUGCUCAUGGACUCGGAGAUGAUGGAGAUCAUGUCCACGCUGGCCAAGGACGGCGACGAGAAGAAAUCCAAAGCGUCGGCUACUGCCAAGGACUGCCUGAAGCGGGCGGUGGAGUACAGGCUCAUUAAACCCAGCGAGGAGGGGAGCAGCCCCUAGUGGGAGCAAGGGCAGGACGUAGCGGGGAUCUUGCAGCUCAGAAACACUUGCACUAUGCUCUUCACUGCAAACCUGUGACCUCUGGAUGAAUAAUCUGUCCCACAUUAUGCCUGUUGAUAACAUACUGCUACUGAAUAUUGCAAUGGCAGCCCUUUACUGUUUGCAGAGUUGAACCCUGCAAGGGAGCUCAGUCUUAUGACACGGCAUAAUUGAUUUACACGAGGUGUUGCAGGAUUUUUCUGUGCUGUCACUUUACCAAAGUCUGAUCUCUCCAGUGGUACAACACAACAGUUGAGUCUUUCUACACCGGUUUCUGGGCAUCCUGCCGUGCCCCGAUCGGCACAUUCAGCCAGUCACUGCAGCUGAUAGUGAUACGGAGAUGUCUGGUAGGGCAGAGACACUUGCUCCAUCGGGCAAAUGAGGAAAAAGUCAUCUAAGGCAAUUCAAACCAGUCUAGUUUCUCCCAGCCUGAAAUCUCCAGAUUCCUCUCAGGGAUGGGUUGUCAGCACUCCAGCGGGCAAUGUGCUUCAGAGAUUCUCUCUGGGAAAAGAACCAUCGAAUCCAAUCUAGUCUAGCAUAGUUAGUUUAAUACCGAAUGUGAACUUGUUUAUUAUCUGCAUUCAUGUAAUUUUGCAUAUUCUAAAGAAACAAUAAUCAGGGGAUCUUAAAUCACAUUAGAAACUGGGGUAGAAACACACAAGCAUCUGAUUACUGAAGAAGGGUGCUGACCCGAAACAUCCUUUUUCUUCAGAGAUGCUGCCUGACCCACUGAGCUACUCCAGUACUUUGUGUCUACAUCUGAUAAUAGCGCCUGGAUUAGGCAACCAUGCAUAAUGGUCAAAGAUGCUUGAAAGCUUACCAUUCCUAUGGAACCAGUAACCCAAUGGCUUUGAGAAAACCACCCAAAAAAUUGUAGUGUUUCAUGAAAGGACCAUGUUGCUGAUAACUUAGGAAUUCUCCACUGGCCUCAGAAUGUUCUAAUUAUGAAUUUAAUUUACAGAUCUAGAAGUUUCCAUGCAUUAAUGUUAAUUGAACCUUAAAAUUGUACGUGUAAUGAUAAUUGGAUGUGGAGACAUUUGUAUUGGAAAAUUUAGCGUGAAGUAAAUUUGGAUAUUCGGCUUUGAACGAUCUGCUUCAGCUUGUGGUCAGUGAAAGAGAGUGGGCAGAGUUUAGGUGUUAGGAUGGUUAACCUGCAGGAGAUAGAAACGUAAAGAGAUGUGAUGGGGUUGGGACGAGCAUUUGCAGAACAACCCAACAAUGUAAUGGCCACUUCCAGCAGAUGAUGUGAAAUGAAAUAAUUUGACAUGAUCAAUAUUUUUUCUUGAUACACUGCCUCUAUAACUCAUUGCCCUUCAAGGCUAGGCACAUAUUCUCCAGAGGCAGAGUGCUUUUAGGACAUAAGGACUAUUUAAUCAGUGUAUGAGCUGUUCUUUUGUAAUUGUUCUUGAACCUGGUCCAAAUAGCUGACAUGAUAAAAUGUAUAACUGAAUGAAUGAGCAGCGAGGUUUGUGGACUGUAAGAGAUGCAAGUUCUGGUCUCUUAGGAUUAGUUGUGGAAUUGAAAUUCAGGUGAUGGUAAACAUGGAAGUACAGGAAUUCAUUUUUAAAACAUAUAAUCGUGGUUCAUAAAUCUAGCCUUGACCAUUCUAAAUUGGUACUUGGACCUGAAAUGUCAAUAGUCAAUAGAAAUGUCUCUAGAUGCUGCCCAACCUGCUGAGUUCCUCCAGCACUUUGUGUUUUACUCGACAUUCUAGCAUCUGCUGUUCCUUGUGUAUGUUUCACAUUGCCUUUUCUUACUUUGUGUUCUUUUUCAGUUGUAAAACUGUUAUUUUGUUAUGUAAUCAUUCCACUUGCCAACGAGCUGCCCCCACUUAAGUGAAUACCCACCAAUAAAGCCACUUGUAUUUGUUA